AUGUCGGUAGAUUUGGGUUAUUUCAGUUUAAGUGAACAGAAAAUGAGUGAGCAGGAAGAAACUGAGGAAAACAAUGCAGAAAAUGUCAAAGAAAAGGUAAUACUGAGCCGCCCACCACUUCCGCCACCUCUACCCCCGACCUCUAUAUUCAUCGAAAAGCUCUUCACGACCUACUGGGGCUUGUCCCUAGUGUUCCUUCUGGUAUCCUUGGCCACCAUCCUAUUUAUCCUGGGCGACGAAUGUCGGCAGUGCUUCAAUCAACUCGAAAACCCUACAAACAAACCCAAGACUUUUUGGGCUUACGGCAAGAACAUCGACGCAAACGGAUAUCUCAAGGAAGUUUACGCAGUCCUAGACCAGUUGGGCUUCAAACAGGAACGAGACAACAAAGCAAAAGGUUCUAAUUGGGAUCUCCUUUGGGCGCACGACUACCCGUUCCGAGCGCUCAGAGCCGAUUUGACACACCUAAAGCCCCAUCAGAAAAUCAACCACUUUCCAGGCAGCGGCUACAUCACGAACAAAGUAGAUCUGGCGACCAGCGGUGUGCCUUUUGUGCCUCCGGCAUUCAAACUCCCCGACCAAAAAGCGGCACUGUUGGCCUACGCCGCUGACCGCUCCAAUCUGACUUUCGUCCAGAAAAACAACGACCACAGAAACAUCAAAGUAAAACGGCUGGACCAAAUGGAUCUAAGCAAAAGUGGCACCUUUGUGCAAGAGUUUAUUGACAAACCGCUGCUGAUAGACGGACACAAAUUCGAUAUUGGAAUUUACACAAUCAUAACCUCGAUCGAUCCUUUGCGAGUUUACAUCUACAACGGCGAAGCCCUGUUGAGGUUUUGCCCGAAAAAGUACCACCCUUUCGAUCCGGAGGAUUUGAACAAGUACGUAGUAGGCGACGAUUAUUUGCCAGUUUGGCGGGUGCCCGUUUUGAGCGAGUACUACAACGAAUUGGGAUUCGGCAUGAGGCACAGUCUGGACGCCUACUUGAGAAGCAAAGGCGAGGAGCCUCAGAGGAUAUGGAACGAGAUCGAAGAGGCGGUCAGAAGUGUGGUACUGGCUCGCGAGCCACUCAUUGUCGACAUACUCAAAAGGUACAAAUCCAAAAGUAACUUCUUCGAAAUGAUGCGAUUUGACUUCGUGGUGGACGAAAACUUGCACGUCCACCUACUGGAAGCCAACAUGAGUCCAAACUUGUCUUCAGCGCAUUAUCCGCCCAACAGGUUGCUCUACCAUCAAGUUUUGUACAACGUUUUCGGAUUGGUGGGAGUCGGAGAAAGGAUUCGAAAGAGGACAGACCAAUCAAUGGUAGUUUCUGACAAGCAUCUAGUCACUUAUCCAGAAAAAUGCGCCAGCGACUUGUGCAAGUCGGGCUGCGCUUCGUCAGACUGUCAGCUAUGCAAAAGCUGUUUAUCUGUUGAAACCAGGCAAUACUUGAUAGCAGCUUUUAAGGAACAUUUGAAUCGAGGCGAUUGCAAAAGAGUUUUCCCGCCAAUUGAGUCACAAGAAGAAGCCGCCAACACAUUAAAAGAAGGAUAUUCAGUUGAAAACCAACUGCAUUAUAAAUGGUUCAAAGGCAAAUGCCUUUUGGACAAAACUUGGUGCUCUUAA